CAUGUAAUUUGUGGCAUAAAAAAUUCAAAUGGAAAAAGAUUCUGUUUGUGAUGUCAUACCUAAAUUUAAUCAGGAGAAACCUCUUGUCUGGAUUGAAUAUCCAGGAAUCGUUAAGGAUGCCGACAAAAUGCUAAAAACACUCGGAGGACAGAAAAACAUUUCUGGAACAUAUAGAGAAGAAAACAAACGUAUUGAUUUACGAUUUCGACCAGAUGAUCCUUGUUGUCAUGCUGUAUGUGGCGAUCGCAAAGAAGUAAAUGCGUUAUUACUAAAUGUAAAGAAAUAUAGACGGAAAAAGUCUCCAAACAACAAUUCAAGCGCAGAUGAGUUUCGCUAUCGUCCGGAACUUGUUGGUGUUGUAGAGACUGCUUACAAGUUCAAUGCUCUUUGUGAUUUUCAAUAUCUUCCCUUACAUAAUGAUGUGGAAAAUGAUAAACUAGUGAACAUGAUACCGCAUCUUAAAGUUAAUAAUCUUGAUGACGCUGCAUACACAAAUGAGGUACCACUUUUUCUUCCGCCUGCUACGUUCAGUCGUUUUGACCAACAACUAGAUGUGUUAUUUAGAAGUGUACCAAAAUAUAAUCAGUCGCAUGGAAAUCCAAAUAAAAUCGGUAUUACUCGACCGCGGCGGAUUCACUUUGCUCAAUAUCUUAAAUAUGAGGAGAAUUGGACCCCCAAAGAACCCUUGCCUGCAGCACAAGAAGUUUUGGAAAAAAUUAAGAAAACUGAAGAAGGGCUAGUGCAAGGGAUUAAAGAUCUUUUUGAGAAACGUCCCAUAUGGUCUAAAAAUGCAAUUAGAUGUAUACUACAAUGUAGUGAACGACUUAAAUUUCUAUUGCCUGCAUUGGCUUAUUAUUUUAUCACAGGUCCCUGGCGUUCUUUAUGGGUCAAAUUUGGAUAUGAUCCUAGAAAGGACCCAGGAGCCGCAGAAUAUCAGCUUCUUGACUUCCGAGUUAGACAGGGAUUAAACACUCCACACAUACCAAUCAAAGCAAAACGUAGCACCCUUUCUUACAGACUACCAAACCUGAUGCCCCGAUCUAAGCUCGAAUCUAAUAUAGUAAAUAAUUUAGAUGAAAAAUCUACUGCAUCCUCUUCUUAUAGCAAAGAGCAAACAGAAGCUAUGUAUAUCUUCAAGUCUGGUGUACUUCCAGCAUAUCGGCAAACUUUUUAUCAAGUAUGUGAUAUACUCCAUCCCCUAAAAGAUAUAGUGCAAAGUCAAACAGGAUUAUCUAACAAAUGUGACAUGAAAUCAGGAUGGUAUCCCAAGGGUAUGGCUGCAAAAAUAAGAGACAUUUUAUCACAAGAUAUUCAAAAUACUAUAUCAAAUACAGAAGGAAUGGAGCAGCCGAUAAUAAACAUGGAAAGAGCAACCAGAAAAAAAUAUAAGUCUCGGGUAUCUAAAAGCACUGAAAAUUUUGAGGAACCUUCCUUCCAAGAUCUUCUAUUAGAUUUAUCUAGUGAUGAGGAGAAGCAAAGUUUAAAUGAAGAAGUUGGGGAUUCUGGUAGUGAGCAGGAGGAAAUUUUAUCUGACAAUGAUGCAGAAGUUAUGGAUGAUGUUGAACUAAAUGAAGAGGAAGAUGAAAAUUUAGAAGAUGAUAACACGUUAAAAGAUUCUAAUAAUUUUGUUGAUCUCAGUCAACCAUAUUUCAAUGAAGAAUUAACAGAUUUCUUAGACGAUUUCGAAGCCUUUUCGCCAGAUGAUUUUGAUGAUAACAUUGAAGACAAUUGAUGGAGAACAAAAUUGAAUAUAGUAUAGGAUACACUGUCUGUCUUUUUUAUUGGUUGGCAACAGAGCAGAAAUUUGAUCCAAUUGUUUUGAAGUAUGUUCCAUGUGUUAUGUACUCAGAAGUAUUAUGGACUCAAAAUUAUAGUUAUUUUUGCCUACAUAACAUGUUAUAAAUCUGAUUAUUUUUAGUUGCCUUGUCCUGUUUACUUUCAGAUUAUUUGUAUUGUCUCAUUAGAGUGCUGUUCAUAACUUUCUCUUUUGUUUUUCUGUUGAAAAUUUUAUUUCAGAUACUAUGACUUUAAGUAAGUAAAAUACUUAAACAGACGUACGAGCGCAAACAAAAUUGAAUAUUUUUUUAAAUUUUUGUAAAUAAGAAAUGUAUGGGUUUUUUUUUUUUGUCAAACGUUCAGUCUAAAUUAGAAAUUAUUAUCAAUGUAACCAACUUACAAAUCAAAUUUGAAACUUUCCAGCAUACUUGUUAUUUCUUACAAAUUGAUAAUUUUGUUCAAUAUGAAAAAUGUGAAUGAAUAUUUGCCUUUUUUAUCAAUAGAUUCUCUUUGCUUCUCCAAUUUUCAUUUUAAAUAUAUGUUAUGUGACUCAUGUCAAAUAGCAUGUAAUACUCAUUAAGGAAAAAAUUAUUGUAUUUUGAAUAAAUUUCCGAUUCCGACACUAAUCAAAUUUCAAAUAUUAAAAUUUUGUUUCUUAAGUCUUAGAUGCAAACUUGUUACAAAUAACAGAGGAAUUUCUGAUCAAUGUCUACAUUACACCCAACAUCAGCCCUAAAAAUAUGGGCAUCUUUUUCUAUCAAUAUUUUUCUUCCUAUUUUUUGGUAUCCUAUUCCAGAACAUGUAUUAGCGAUAUAAUCAAACAGCUUUGUUUUUUGGUUGAUAUAAG